AUGUCGGCGAUCAGCAGCCAAAUACGCAAUAUCGAAAUCCACCGAAUCCGAAGUCGCUUUGUUACCAAUUUCUAUGGCACCGGUACCUCUCAAUUCUUAAGGAAAUGCGAACCCUCUCGUGCAACACCAGGGCCACACCACGAUGGAAUUAACGCUCUUAUCAACCACAACGAUAUUCACACGUCACCCACAGUCGAGCGCUUCUACCGGUUUCAAUUGGCAAGGCAACAACGGCCACACUGGCACCUGAACGCUCACAAGGGCCCAGAGCUCCCGCGUGAGCAAAAUGUAGCCAUUACGUGCCUGGGCGAAGACGCCCAUAUGUCCUACGCGGUUAUACGCGAGGCCACUGGCGCGCCGGAUAAACAGAUUCAAUAUGCUCUCACUACACCGUUGACCCCGCGAACCAACCGUCGUAGCCGGAAGCCCUCGCGGUUGAGAAGGACCGUAUUACUCGCCCCCUCAAGGACGACCUUAUCGCUCGCAAGCUUAGUUGGCUAG